UCCUAUUGAGGAUUUAUUUAUUUUCUCCUCCGUCUCCUCCUCCUCCUCUGGCGCCGCUGCGUCCAUUAUUACCGAGAAGAAACGGAGAAUGAACAGAGAGAAAACUCGACCACUGCAGGCCGAGCGGACCGCCUCGGAGGACUGAAGGAUGAGCGCCGACCGCGGGACGCAGAGCCGACCGGAGCCGCCUCCACUGAGCACCGGAGGAGGCAACAUGAGCUCGGACUGAGCAGGCGAGAAGACUCCGCUGCGUCCGUCGCGGCUCUCGGUCGGGAUGUCUGGAGCGGCCGGACCUGCACCGCCCACCGGGGCCGGACCGGAGCUGCCGGACCUGAGCCAUCUGACCGAGGAGGAGCGGAGGAUCAUCCUCUCCGUGAUGGAGCGACAGAAGAAAGAGGAGGAGAAGGAGCAGAGCAUGCUGAAGGAUGAGGAGGAAGUAAAACCUCCCCCAGCUUCGUGGAAUCCGCUCUCAGGGUUCAGUCAGUUGGUCAAUAAUGUUGCAGCCAAUGUGUCCGAAGUUCUGCAGGUUAAAAGUCCGACUGACAACGAGUCGCAGACGAAGUUACAUCAGCAGUUUGAGAUGUAUAAAGACCAGGUGAAGAAGCUGGGGGAGGAGCCUCCUGCGGCGCAGAUGGCGAGGGCGGAGUCUCCCACCUGCGGCAUCUGCCACAACCGCUUCUCUUGGCUUUCUGCAUGGCGUGUCCCUUUAAGAGCCAAUAAGGUGAUGUGGGUUUGCAACGUGUGCAGGAAGCAGCAGGAGAUUCUGACCCGGUCAGGAGAAUUUUACCCCAACGCGUCGCCUCCACACGGGCCGAUGCAGGGAGCGCCGGGGGCCGCGGGGCCCCUGAGCAAUGGAGCCACAGAGCAGCGGCGGAGUCCCUCCGCGUCGUACUACGAUGAUGGCGGCAGGAUGCCUCGCUCGCCUUCCGACCACGGCUUGGACCGCCGACCCCGCUCCACGCACAGCUACCAUGGCAACGGCGAGGAGGAAUUACGUGUCCAGAGGCGACCAAUCAAAGACCGGCGCGGCCGCUGGCACUCACAGGACCACCCAUUUGACCCGGUUCUGGUGGACCGCGAGCUGCGGCGGCGCCAGGAGGAGGAGUUUCAGGCUCGCUACCGUAGCGACCCCAACCUGGCCCGCUACCCGGUUAAGCCGCAGCCGAGCGAGGAGACCAUGAGGAUGCUGGCGCAGGUCGGCCGGGUCCGCCACCAGCGCCGGCACAGCGACGUGUCGCUGGCUGCAGCAGAACCAGAACACCUCAACCUCAGACACACAGCCGUCCGCCAGAAUCAGCCUCAAGGACUGAUUGGGUCUGGAGGUCAGAGGUCAUUCUCAGUUGACAGGACUCCCAAUCACCUCAGCCCCACGUCUCCUCGACGCAGCCCGUUGCCACAGCAACUCCUGGACCCGAGCUCCGCCCUCAAGAGGAAGCCCACCAAUGAGAGCAUGGCACAGAGAGGGAGGAUGAUGGGGAAGAUGCACGUGAUUGGCAGCUUCAGCAGUUCAGAUGAGGAGCUGCUGACCACACCUGAAUACACCAGCUGUGAUGAGCCUGACAGAGACAUGGAGAGCCAGUGGUGGGAUCACGGUCCCUGGCAUGGCGAGCCUGCACCUAUGUCUAUGCAGCCGGUCACAUGGCAACAAUCCAAAGAUGGGGAGCGUCUGAUUGGUCGAAUCGUCCUGAACAAGAGGAUGAAGGACGGGACGGUUCCUGCAGACACAGGAGCCCUGCUGGGCCUCAAGGUUGUCGGUGGGAAGAUGACGGAGUCUGGCCGUCUGUGUGCGUUCAUCACCAAAGUGAAGAGAGGAAGUCUGGCAGACACGGUGGGACAUCUGAGACCAGGUGAUCAGGUUCUGGAGUGGAACGGCCGGGUUCUUCAGGGCGCCACAUUCAACGAGGUUUAUGACAUCAUCAUGGAGUCCAAACCAGAACCGCAGGUGGAGCUGGUGGUCUGCCGACCGAUCCGAGAUGUUUCUAGAGCUGCAGACGCCUCCAGUGUUCACCUGGACUCCAGUUCCAGUUCCUUUGACUCCCAGAAGGUCGGGCCGUCCAUCUCCGUCACCUCUCCCAUGAGCCCCAGCGUUCUGUCGGGACAAGUCUCCAGCGCAAACAGGCCUCCUCUGGUUCCCAGGAUCCAGAUCAAGCUGUGGUAUGAUAAGGUUGGUCAUCAGCUGAUCGUCACGGUCCUUGGAGCCAAAGAGCUUCCUGUUCGGGACGAUGGACGACCGCGAAACCCAUACGUCAAGAUCUACUUCCUGCCGGACAGAAGUGAUAAGAGCAAACGCAGGACGAAGACGGUGAAGAAGUCCCUGGAGCCUCGCUGGAACCAGACCUUCAUGUAUUCCCCGGUUCAUCGGCGCGAGUUCAGGGAACGGAUGCUGGAGCUCACCGUCUGGGACCAGGCCAGAGUCCGAGAGGAGGAGAGCCAGUUCCUGGGAGAGGUCCUGAUAGAGCUGGAGUCGGCGCUGCUGGACGAUCAGCCUCACUGGUACAAGCUGCAGCUUCAUGACGUUUCCUCGGUGCCGCUGCCCAACGCCUCCCCCUACCUGCAGAGGAGGGGUCUGCAGACAGAGCCGUCCCAGAGCAGCAGGAGGCUUCAGAAUAAAGGUCCUUACUUUAACUCAGGAUCUCAGAGGAUCAGCGACAGCGAGUUUUCAGAUUACGACUGUGAAGACGGCAUUGGCGUCAUUUCAGAUUACAGGCAGAAUGGGCGGGACUUCCACAGCUCCACCCUCUCAGUGCCAGAACAGGUGAUGUCGUCCAAUCACUGCUCCCGAUCUGAGAUGGCGCGCAGGUCACGGUCGCCAAGCCAACCGCCUCCACAAAGGCGACACCUGAGGAGAAUGUCUGUCGCCAACUCUCUCGAUUCCUACGACAGAUACUUUAACGGUCCACAACAAACCUGGACAAACCAUAUAAUGAAUGGAAGUUGUGAGGAUUACAGUCAGGACUUCAUCCCAGACUUUCCCUAUCAGCCAGAAGCUUAUGAUGAGGAGCUGCUGAGGGCUAACGCUCGCGUCGGAUCCAACAUGACGAGUCCCACCGGAUCGGCGGUCUGCCCUCGCCGCGGACGCCAGCUUCCUGUUGUCCCGCCAAAAGGCCCUCUGGACCGAAUUUUGGCCACUCCAACUGCAGGAGCACCAACAGCCCCACCCACCACCCCUCAUGAAGUCCCGCCCCCCAUACAGAAACAUGCCGCUCCUCUAGUCAAUCACCAACUUCCUCCAAUGAUACGAAUUCAGGGACCACCAGCUCAUCCACCUCCAUCCACCCCUAUUCAUCCUCUACCUGUCCCUCCACCUGUACGCGCACCUGUGCAUACAUCUGCACCCGUUCCCCCACCUGUACGUGCUUCUGUGCCUGCACCCAUCCCUGGUCCUCCACCCACACCUGUACCUCCCGCUGCACCCACACCUGUACCUCAACCUCUACCCACAGUCACACCAACACCUAUAGCUGCUCCUGUUUCCGUCCCAACACCUGCACCUACCCCGGCCCCGUCUCCUGCUCCUGUUCAGCCCCCUCCUCCUGUCGUACAACCACAGCCACCUCCUGAAUCCACUUUACCCCCAACUCCAUCCCCUGCCCCUUCACCAGCACCCUCACCAGCCCCACCCCCUCAGACUCCAGACCCAGAGAGACGCUCAGCUACACCUGGCGGCACCAGAAAAGAGGUCACAUGGGAGGACCAACAGAGGAAAACACCCAAUGGAGACAUGUUGCCAGCGAGUGGAGAAGGUGUGAUGAAGGACCCCACUAAGAUGAGGGACAGCCUGUCCUUUAAAUCGUCAGACAGCGACGUCAGCGAUGUGUCUGCCAUGUCCAACGCGUCUGAAACCAGAACCGCCCUCAAGAUCAGUAAGGCGGAGUCUGUGGAGGGCCAAUCAGGGGAUUUGGGUGGCGGAUCAGAGGGGGCACAGGAAGUAGAGGGAGCAGCAGAGGGCGAGUCUCAGCUCCAUAAGAGCGAAUCAAUGGAGGAAGGACUGGAGGAGGCGCAGUCUGAAAAAGCUGCGUCUACCUCUGGCGCUCCUCUCACCAAGUCCUCCAGCGUCGGUGGAGAGAUUUGCUCGUUAGGGAGAAACAACGACGACGACGAUGACGACAAGAAGCGACGCUCCAGCUUCGGAGCGAGGAUGAUGGGAAUGGUGGGACUGGGAAAGAAGAGUCAGAGCGCGUCCCAGCUCAAUCCAGAGGAGGAGGAGAAGAAGAAGAAAGUGAUAAGACUUCCUGUCCAGAGGAGCGUAGAAACCGGUUUGGCCAUCGAGUUUAAAUCUCGAUUCACCCGACAGCCGAGUCGAGAUCCGGACGCCGAGGAUCCAAAACCCGGAGCUCUGAUAUUUCCAGGAGUGAAAUUGGCGUCAGAUAAGCAGUUCACCGGCUUCCUGGAAGGAUUAGGUCCCGGCCAAUUGGCUGGACGCCAGACGCUGGCCACGCCCCCCAUGGGGGACAUCCAGAUCGGGAUGGUCUACAGGAAGGAGCGGCUGGAUGUGGAGGUGAUCCGAGCCCGGGGGCUUGUGGGUAAACAGGGCAACAAGAACACUCCAGCUCCUUAUGUGAAAGUGUAUUUAAUGGAUAACGGGAAAUGUGUGCUGAAGAGACGAACGCGUCUGGCAAGAAAAACUCUGGACCCGCUUUAUCAGCAACAGCUCCAGUUUGAAGAAAAUCCUGAAGGAAAAGUGCUGCAGAUCAUCGUCUGGGGCGACUACGGACGGAUGGAUCAUAAAUCCUUCAUGGGAGCUGCUCAGAUCCUAUUGGAUGACUUGGACCUGUCCAACAUGGUGAUUGGCUGGUUCAAACUGUUUCCAGCCACCUCAUUGGUGGACCCGGCGUUGGCGCCGCUAACGAAUAAGGAGACUGAAGGCGGCAAAUCGUAGCAUCAGGAGUCUGGACCGACUGCGUCGUCGCGUCAAACGAGCCUCGAGGCGAGCCAGAGGGGACAAACGGUCGCUGGGUGCAGUGACCCUCCUGUGCUCCUGCAUGCUGCAUGAUGAUGUCACAACGAUGACGUACCAGUGCCAUGAUGAUGUCAUCAGGACGGAGGGAGGCUCCACCCCUCGCCGAGGAGAGGGCGGUACCGGUUGGGCAAAAGAUGCUUUGAAAAAAGAGAGGCCAAAAGACUCUCAGCUGCCAGCCAAUCACAGCAGCUCCUCUGUGUCAUGUGACGGGCGACCUCUGUUUCCAUGGAGAUGCAGGAACAUGGAGGUCUGCUGCGGUGUGUUUUUUGCAUGGAAUGACAAAAAGAUUAGAAGAAAAAAAAUAAUAAACGUCAGAAACUUCAGCAGGAAAAACAGAGAAAACAAACCGACACCCUGGGAAUGUCGCCUGAAAACUGGAAAAUAGUUUCAUCAUUUAUGAUUUUUGUAAAAUAUCCCUGACAUGCAACUCAUUUUUCAGAGAUUACAUAACGUGACUUUAGAUCCAUGAAGGUUCUCUAAAACAUCGUCAGUCCUGUAAGGUUUAACGUUCUGCUGCUAUGCCUGCUACAGCCUUGUUUUAAAAAAACUGGGAUGCUGUAUAAAAUGUAAAUAAAUACAGAAUGCAAUGAUUUGCAAAUCAUUUAAACCAAAUUUGUCUUUGAAAUGUCUUCUGUUUGUUCAGACGAGAAGUGACUCAAACAUAAAAAAGCUACAAGAAGAGGAAGGAAAGGUGCUCUUUUUCUACCUUUCGUGUUGCCCUUGUGUUCC